UUGCUGUUAUUCAAAGACUGAAAAAAGGAAAAGUGGCAAAUUCCCAUCACGCUGCGGCAUAUCGUUGAGCUAGGAAGUCUUUCAAAUAUUCCAUUUUUCCCCCUGCGAUUGGUUUCAGACGCGUAUUUGAUAUUCAUCUAUCUUAUAUAUAUCUCAAUGAAUGAAUGGCUCGGUGAUUUGAAAACAUUCAUUUAACGCCUGUUCUGAUUUGUACUUCACAAUGAUUAUGAUUCAUUUGCGUGCAAAAAAAUCACUUGAUGCACGACCGCAAGUGGGCUGGCUGGACGACCACUUCCUGCGCUUUCAAAACGUAAAAGCCGUUCUCCGCAGUGGCGCGUCUAUUCUCUGGUUUUAUUUUGAAAAGACGGGUGGUGCCGGUGCGGCGACUCUUGCGAGUAUACGAGAAGGCGUCGUCGCGCAAUCAGUCAAUCAGUGGCUCGCUCACUCGGCUGCUUGACGCUCAUCUGGACGGAACGGAUCGACGCUUCUGCCUCUUUCCGGUGAGCCUCGGGCUCCCAGCUGAGCGCCAGCCAUGUUGGGUCAAGGCCAGCCCACCUCCAGCACGCUGCAACUGGUCGCCAGCGACGUGAGCGGCAUCAUGGGGACGCUGGACGCCCGCGAGCUCGACACGGACGGCGCCGACGACGAUAUUCACCCCGACGACGAUGACGGCGGGUCAUCAGACGACGGCCUGCCCUUCCUGAACGUCUACAAGACGGUGGGCUUCAAGGACUGCAAGUCCUUCUUCCUGCCGCGUCCCAUCACCGCCAGGAUCCUGGAGGUGGAACGCUUCACGUCGGCGCAGGACCGCUUCAACGUCAGCCAGCAGAGGAGCGUCAGUAAGUCCAUGCCGGCCGUCUUCAAGAUCGAGAUGAAGCACGGCGAGUUCACCUGGUUGGUGAAGAGGAAGGAGAAACACUUUCAGGACCUCCACCGAGACUUGAAGACCUACAAGGCCGUGCUCCACUUGCCGCUGCCCACCCGCAGUCACACCAUCAGGCGACAGGCAGCCAGCACGGGCAGCCGCGACAUCCCUAACCUGCCGCGAGGAGGCGGAGACGAGCUGGUCCGGGAGGAGCAAGUGUCCAGCCGAAAGAAACAACUAGAAGAUUACCUCAACAAGCUCCUCCAGAUGCCCACCUACCGAGACUACCACGCCAUGACGGAGUUCAUCGACGUCAGCCAACUGUCCUUCAUCCACGACCUGGGACCCAAAGGCCUGGAAGGGAUGGUUCUGAAGCGCUCCGGCGGCCAUCGGAUCCCCGGCUUCAACUGCUGCGGUCAGAGCAAGAUGUGCUACCGCUGGUCCAAACGGUGGCUGGUGGUGAAGGAUUCCUUCCUGCUGUACAUGAAACCCGACUCGGGCGCCAUCUCCUUCGUGAUGCUGUUCGACAAGGAGUUUGGCGUCAAGAUGGACUCCAAAGACACGGACGCCAAGCACGGCGUGCGCGUGGACAGCCUGUCCAGGUGCCUGGUUCUGAAGUGCAGCAGCUACCGCCACGCGCGCUGGUGGGGUCAGGCCAUCGAGGGCUUCGUGCAGGAGCACGGCGCCGCCUUCCUCAGCGACCAUCGCUUCGGAUCCUUCGCCAGGGAGGAGGAGAACAUCCCCGCCAAAUGGUACGUGAACGGGAAGACCUACAUGGAAGAUCUCGCCAACGCUCUGGAGGAGGCCAGGGAAGAAAUCUUCAUCACAGACUGGUGGUUGAGUCCCGAGAUCUUUCUCAAGAGGCCGAUCGUGGAGGGCAACCGCUGGCGUUUGGACCACGUGCUGCGCCGGAAAGCGCGACAAGGCGUGCGCGUCUACGUGAUUCUGUACAAGGAAGUGGAGGUGGCGCUGGGCAUCAACUCGGGCUACAGCAAGAAAACGCUACGCCACCUUCACCCCAACAUCAAGGUGAUGCGGCACCCGGACCACGUGUCGUCGGCCGUCUACCUGUGGGCGCAUCACGAGAAGAUCGUGGUGGUCGACCAAUCGGUGGCCUUCGUGGGCGGGAUCGACCUGGCCUACGGUCGCUGGGACGACCGGGAGCACCGACUCACCGACGUCGGGAGCGUCACCUACUCGCGGGCGGAAGACGCCGAUGCGGUCGACGGCGGCGGCUACGGGAACCCCGCCUUUUCGGCCGACGAUGCCGCGGUGCUGCCCAAGGUCAAAGGUCAGGGCAGGAUGCGAAGGGCCAAGAUGAGCAUCAAGCGACACCUGCAGAAACACGGGCUCGCGCACGUCGACAGCGAUGACGACAUCGACUCGGCAGAAAGUGACGCGGACCGCAACCUGCCGCCGGGCGCCGCCGACGACUUGUGCGGCAACACCCGCUUCUGGCACGGGAAAGAUUAUUGCAACUUUGUGCACAAAGACUGGAUCGAAUUGGACAAACCCUUCGACGAUUUCAUCGACCGCCACGUGACGCCGCGGAUGCCCUGGCACGACAUCUCCUCGGCGGUUCACGGCAAGGCUGCGCGUGACGUGGCCCGCCACUUUAUUCAGCGCUGGAACUUCACCAAGAUCGUGAAGCCGAAAUAUCGCCUGCUGUCUUUCCCGUACCUUCUGCCCAAGUCGCACACCACCGCCGGACAUCAGCGCUAUCGCGUCCCGGGAUGCGUCCGCGCCAACGUUCAGGUCCUGCGCUCGGCGUCCGACUGGUCCGCCGGCAUCAAGUACCACGAAGAGUCCAUCCACAACGCCUACGUGCACGUCAUCGAGAACAGCCGGCAUUUCAUCUAUAUCGAGAAUCAAUUCUUCAUCAGUUGCGCGGACAACAGACACGUCUUCAACAAGAUCGGGGACGCCAUCGCCGAGCGCAUCAUCAGAGCGCAUAGGGAAGGUCAGAAGUACCGCGUGUACGUAGUGACGCCUCUGCUGCCGGGCUUCGAAGGAGAUAUUAGCACCGGGGGAGGGAACGCCAUCCAGGCCAUCAUGCACUUUAACUACAGGACCAUGAACAGAAGCGACCACUCAAUCAUCUCGCAGCUGAAGAGAGAAAUGGACGACCAGUGGAUCAACUACAUCUCCAUCGCCGGGCUGAGGACGCACGCCGAGCUGGAGGGCAAGCUGGUCAGCGAGCUCAUCUACGUGCACAGCAAGAUGCUCAUCGCCGACGACAACGUCGUCAUCAUCGGCUCGGCCAAUAUCAACGACCGCAGCAUGCUGGGAAAGCGGGACAGCGAGGUGGCCGUCAUCGUGGAAGAUUCCGAGACCGUGCCGUCCGUCAUGGACGGCGCUGACUACCCGGCUGGACGUUUUGUCUUGUCGCUGCGCAUCGAGUGCUUCAAGACCAUUUUGGGCGCCCACAGCGACGCGAGCAUCGACGUUUCGGACCCGGUCAGCGACCACUUCUACAAGGAGGUGUGGAUGAGCACCUGCGCUCGCAACGCCACCAUCUACCAGAAGGUCUUCCGCUGUCUUCCGUCCAGCGACGUGCGCAACAUCUCGGAGCUGGAGAGCUACCUGGGCAAGCCGGGCUUGGACCGGGAGGACCCGGCGCGAGCGCGCGAGGAACUGCGCAAGAUCCGCGGUUUCGCCGUGCAGUUUCCCCUGCAGUUCCUGGCCGAGCAGAACCUCCUCCCUCCCAUGGGCUCCAAAGAGGCCAUGAUGCCCAUGGAGGUUUGGACCUGAGACGCCGAAACCCUCGCUUCGACGGAAACGGACCGCCGAUCCUUAAGAGCGGGAUGGCGAGCCGGCGUAAAAUGGGAAAAGGAUAGUUUUGCCUUUCCCUUGUGAACUCAUUGGUUGCCAUUGACCGCGCUAGACGUCCAAUCCGGAUCAGACAUCUAGCGCCGUCAAUGGCAGUUCAAGCAUUACAUCGGUGCCCUAAAAGAGUUCAAGUUCUCAAUUUUUACCAUACGGCGAGACGCUUCGGAAAUACGCAAAAUGAGGACUCCAUUUCAGCAGAUACCAAUGUGGCCGCAACACAUGCAGGCGGUUCAAACCUACAGCGUUUCGUCGCCUUUUCUGGACUUUUGUUCAUUCAGGAAUCGGACGUCCGGCGCCUAUCGAUGGCGCUAGAACGUUUGUUCGCUCGCCCCUGGCCCUCCCACUUCUGCCGGAUCGGACAUCUCCGAACGAUACGCUCACUGAAAGGGUUUAGAGUUUUCAAGAGCCACUUGAUCAGACGUCCAUUGCUGGCACCGAAAGAGUUACGGCAAAGCCUCGGAGAACCCGUCGUCCGGUGGACGUCGAGAAGACCCGAGCGCCCCGUCUCAUCGCACGCCUCCGAGCCAUUUGGUUUCUCCCAAGGUGCCAAACCUUCGAUGACCCUUCCCCAAAGAGGCGCUCCAUCAAAGAUUCCGGCAGUCCCUGGCCUUAAUUCGGACGACCUUUUGCGGUCGUACCGCGAGCCUCGCCCUUACCGAUUGCGUGUGACUCUAAGUGGACAUCUUGCACGUCGUCCGUGUCGUUGAUUCUCCGCACGUUCCCCCGAAUGCGACAAACCUCAGUUCCGUCCUCGUCUCGACCUUCUUCGGGUGACCUCGAAGUGAAAUUCGUGCAUGUCACGCGUCCCUCUGCGCGUGUCCUCCACCAAAUGCAUUAUUUGCACAGACUUUGUGUUGUGUGAACGUCCGGUCCUACAAAUAAACCAAUGGUUAAGUUUCGAGUGCACUUCGGUGUCACGCGUGGCGUCAUUCCUCAUCUUCACAAAGGUCAACUUGGGCAAAAAUGCAAGCGGUUUGGACGAGUCUGGUGUCCUAAGAAAACCUCCGAAAGUGUUCUCACUUCACCCUUUGUGCCACUGGGUGACGCCAGAGUAACAAAAUAGUGUUACUCCUCACCGUCACAUGAAAAAUACUGCACUGUUUAAGAAAAAUAACUCAACAUUGUGAAAAAGUCUUUCAUGUAUUUACAUUUUGAGAUGAUUUUAAGCUAUCUUUUGAUUCAAUGCCUCUUUAAUUAUUGAGUUGUUUACGAUACGCACCACGUGAAUGACCUGUCUCCUAAAUGAAAGAAUAGACUCAUCAGACCAAAAAAAUGCUUAAAUGGACCUUUUUGAUUUCUUUGUUAUAUAUAAUUGGACAAGACGGGCAUCUUUGUUGUUUACAAAAUGCAACCAUUUCUCCCCCAAUACGGGGGGAUGAUCCUUGCACUCAUUGGACUAAUAAACUGGACUGAGCUCAUGUGGAAAAUGGUGCAUUGCUGCCAUCUGUUGGUGUUCUCUAUCGGAAUGGACGAGUAUGCCAGUCAAUGGCAAUGAAUGUUCAUUUAAAAAAUAAUACCAAGUAUAAGGA